AUGACGUCUAUCUACUUUUACUACAACGAGCUGCUUCAUCACAGUGCAGACCAAGCAAUCAUGCACGACAAGAAUACACAUGGUCCUGGACACGAACACAUUCGGCAGCAACAAGGAGAUAAGUCUUUUGAGAUCAUGCAUCAGGGGUGCAGCAACAAUCCCGGACAAAUGACAUUUAACGCGAUCGAGAAACAAGACGACGACAAAGUCCUGAAGGUGCCAUUUCAACUCCACCCCGAUACUGAGGCCACGCUGAUCGCGCUUCAGCCACGCAUGAACCGACUUUUCUACCUGCAAACAGCAGUAGGGACCAGCCUGGACGUUCUGGUACCGAUCUCUUGGACCCAAACUUUAGCAACGCAUCGUGGUCUUCAGACGUCAAAGAUGCGUACACAAGCUUUAUGA